AAGGCGACAAGGAGGAGGAGGAGGCAGAAGGCUGCCGGUGCGUGCCAGGCACGUGUGUGUGUGCGUGUGUGCCAGUCGGCGUGCAUAGUAGCGGUAGCUCGACACACGCGCGGUGGCAUACACACAAAGCGCUGAUAACGCGCGCACACGAAGACGCACACGUGGUGCCUUCAUUCAUUCUCUCUUGCGGCACACGUGUGUGCGUGUCUGAGCGGGACGGCGCUGUGGAUAUCGUAGGAGACACCAUCAGAGUUGAACCACAGGGACACCUCAACUGACCUCAAGCCCAGCGCUGUGGCUGGGGCAAGGCGGACGCGGCAGGGCAAGGUCAAAGGUAGAGCUGGAGCAAGGUGGAGCAUCAGCUGCUCCAGGAUGCGGUGGAGAACGCGACAACAGCAGCAGCAGCAGCGUCACCGAUGGACAACGAAGGCGGCAGUGAGCGGAGGUCGCCUCACCGGAGCGGCCCUCGCCGUGCUCGCUUGUCUCGUGAGCGUGCACGCCGAGCGACACAUCCACAGAUUCCCGUCGGAAAACCCCGCGUGGCCUCUCAACCACCUCGCGGUGCACGAGCGCACGGGCGCCGUGUACGUGGGCGGCGUGAACCGCGUGUACCGCCUGGCGGGCGACCUGCGGCUGGGACGCGCGCACGAGACGGGCCCCGCGCGCGACAACCGCGACUGCUACCCGCCGCCGAUGGUGGAGGCGUGCAGGCGCGAGCCGGCGCCCACCGACAACGUCAACAAGCUGCUGCUCCUCGACUACGCGGGCGACCGACUGCUGGCGUGCGGCAGCGUCUACCAGGGCGUGUGCCAGCUGCUCAAGCCCGACGACCUCUUCAAGCUCGGCGAGCCCAUGCACCGCUCCGAGCACUACCUCUCGAGCGUCAACGACAGCGCCACGAUGUUUGGCUUCGUCGACGAGUCGAGCGGCGAGAGCGUGCUGUUCGUGGGCACCCCCGUGGGCGGCAAGGUGGACUACUUCCCGACGCUGUCGAGCCGCACGCUGAAGAGGGACGCGGAGGACGCGGACAUGUUCGGCUACGUCUACCACGACGAGUUCGUGUCGUCGCAGCUCAAGAUCCCGUCGGACACGUUGUCGUCGUUCCCGGGCUUCGAUAUCUACUACGUCUACGGCUUCCAGAGCGGCGGCUUCGUCUACUUCCUCACGGUGCAGCCCGACACGAGGAAGCUGUCGAGCGACGCCGAGCGGAGGUCGCACUUCGCCUCCAAGAUCGUGCGUCUGUGCGAGGGCGACACUCACUUCUACUCCUACGUGGAGCUGCCCAUCGCCUGCGUCAAGGACGGUGUGGAGUACACCUUGCUGGAGGCGGCCUUCACCGCACCGCAGGGGGCCGGCCUGGCGGCGUCGCUGGGCCUCGACGUGACCGAGGACGUGACGCUCGCCGUGUUCUCGCGUGACCGGCGAGACCGUUCGAGUCCGCCGGGCGACACGGCGCUGUGCGCCUUCCCGCUGCGCGACGUCAACCGCAGGAUCCGCGAGCGCAUCCGGGACUGCUACCUGGGGCAGGGUCGCCUCGAGCUGGGCUGGCACAUCAAGAAGGACAUACCUUGCUGGUACGCGCCGGUGAAGAUCGAGGAGGACUUCUGUGGCCUGGACACGAACCAGCCCCUUGGGGGUCUCUCGCGCAUCGAGGGGGUCCCGCUCCUCGCGGCCGAGCCCGGCGACGGCAUGACGUCGGUCAUCUCCUACGUGCACGGCAACCACACGGUGGUGUUCGCCGGUACGGCCGGGGGCAGCCUCAAGAAGGCUUUUGGAUUUCAGGCCCAGGGCCGGAUUAAGGCACGGGGGCUUUUGGGGCUGCAGCUCACGGGCCUCCGCCAGCUGGAUGACUUCCAGAGAUUUAAGUGA